UCACUGCAUGCAAAAUAUGGAACAAGCAGAAAGAGCACGAGAGAGAGAUUCAACUCACCGACACAGGCAGAGAGCUUUCAGUCACUGAAUACUUACACCUGGAAGAAACAGGUAAGUUCACAUAGACAUGCUGGACUCAGGUGGAGAUUCACCAUCAGCCUCCUCCAUGGAUACAAAGAGGGACACAGAGGAUAACCGCAUGGAGGGAAUGACGAUGGAAAGAGAAAUUAAACACACAAUGGGUGAUGACUUUUCUGACGACAUGCACCAACUCCCAUCAUUGGGAGAAGGAGCAUCCAACUGCACGAGAGUCGGAGAGAGAUCAAGACCCAGUCUCCUGUGGACAAAGAGCUUCCCCCCUUACAGUCAGUGCAUCGGUGGACUCGGAGACCGGGACAGUGAGCUUGAUUCAGAAACAAGCAUCCAUCACCAGCAACAUCUCAACCAUGAUGAGAUGAUGAAGGAUGAAGACUGGAUGGAGGGUUUUCAAAGCACAGAAAGAAAAGAUGACGUUGAAGUGAAUCCAAGAUGUGCAAGGGAGGAGAUGAGGGAAAAAUGGAAGGCAAAAGUGAAGGAGAGGUCAGGAGGGAGCUAUGAGGACGAUAGAGACAGAUGGGACAGAGGAAGGUCGGGUGGGAAAAGAAGAGUGGAAGAGAACGGUGGAGAAAGAGUCUGUGAUGAUGAGGAAAGGGUAGGGGGCACAAAGAGAUAUUGGACACACAGAAAAGGUAGAAACUCCACUUUUGAAAAAGAAAAGAGGGAUGAAGAGAGGAAGAGACUUUCCGUUUUAGUCGAAGAUGGAGAGAACAAGGGGAGUGGGGAAGACCUUAAGGAAGAGGCUGAGGAGCUGCCGGGAACAAGAGAAGGCUCCACGUCACAUCAAUGGUCCUCCCCACAUCCGAUCCUCUCCAAGCUGUUAAACUCCUCGUCCACCACCUCCUCCUGCUCCAUCAACCUCUCCUCAGUGGAGAGCGACGACGUCUUCAGUGAAGGAGAGGAUGAUAGCAAAAAGAAAACAUCCAGGAAGUGUCAUUCCUGGAAAACCUACCUGACCAUGAUGCACUGGUCGCUGAGGCGGCAGAGCUCCUGGGCCCAGCUGGCUGGACAUCAAGGUAACUUCCAGCUGAGUAGCGAGGGGGAGGUGCUGAAACUGCACAAUGAAGAGGAGGCGAAGUGUCUCGAACGCCUGAUGAGGGACCCACUGAGACCCUUUGUCCCUGAGUUUCACGGAACGGUCACCAGGGGGGAGCGCUGCUACAUCCGGCUGGAGGACCUGCUGAGCGGCCUGAGGAAACCUGUGAUCAUGGACUGCAAGAUGGGAGUAAGGACAUACCAGGAGGAGGAGUUGACCAAAGCUAAGACCAAAGACCUGCGGAGUGACAUGUACCAGAGGAUGGUGAAAAUAGAUCCGUCCACCCUGUCAGAAGAGGAACACAGACAGAGAGGUGUGACCAAGUGGCGCUACCUUCAGUGGAGGGAUACAACCAGUUCUACAUCCACACUAGGUUUCAGAAUAGAGGGCAUCAUGAUGGAGGACGGCAGCGUCCAACGGGACUUCAGACAAAUUAAGACUUUAGCUCAGGUCACAGAGGCAUUGCUGUACUUCACCAGAAAGCAGCUGGACGUCCUGAAAGCCUACCACUCCAGACUACUGGCCCUGAGUGAUGCAUUGAGGAAUUCAAGAUUUUUCAGAACCCAUGAGGUGAUCGGCAGCUCGCUCCUCUUUGUCCAUGACCCUAGCAGCAUGGCCAGCGUGUGGAUGAUAGACUUUGGGAAGACGACCCCAGUGCAGGACACAAUCAAGCUCCGACACAACAUCCCGUGGGUCGAGGGGAGCAGGGAGGAUGGCUACCUCAUUGGCCUGACCUCCCUCAUCACGUCUUUGAGCCAGGCCAUCAGUGCGGCCUCCUUUCACAAGGAGGAGGGCGGCAGAGAGGAGGAGAGCAUUACAAUGAAGCAGACUGAGGAAUGUGGUUGAGACUACCCUUAUGAGACACUAAAAUGCACCAGCAGAUGGACAAUGCUUGUGCUGUUACCCCACUGAACUUCAUUUCCUUCACCGAAAGGGAGGACUCUAGGUCCUCAGCAUCAGAGAUUAUAUACCAAGAAUUGCCUCCUCAUUUUACUCAUCCUUUUGUUCAUACAACAUCUUUAGUACCAUGUCAAAUGUAAGACUGAAAUGAUAGCGACGAGCAAUACUAAUACUCUGGAUAGAGAAAAUCAAAAGCAUAUUUUCAUAUCAAACAUAUCAAUAAGUCUAUUGAGUAUAUAUUCUUCUAUUUCGUGUUUUAUUUUGCUGAUCUAUCUAUUGUUAGCUAGCCAGAAAAGAAGCUAGCUAGCUAACAGCUAGUUAGUAUUGUACAUAUUUCUCUUUCUCACUAGUUAUAGAUUGUAAAAUAGGCCUUAAAUCCAUCAGAUGUGCAAAAGCAGCUGUGUGAAAUGAAGGGUAGGUGUUCCGUAGUGAACACACACUGUAUGGGUCAUUUUUUAACCAUGUGUGAAAAAGUGAUGUAGAAAUAUAAAAUGUACCUUUGUUUAUAAAGUCAGAAAGGAAAAAGGAUAAUUAAUGGUUUCUGUUCAUCAAAAAUAAGAUAUUUAAUGAUCAAAUAUAUUUCUUUUAAAAAAUAUAGAAAAGAAACACCCAGCCAUGCAUGAAAUAACACAGGAAAAGAUUGUAAUUGUUUACCCAUGUUUUGCAUUAGAAGGGUAGUGAUACACCGUGACUUUGACUCAAAAAGUAACAAAGAAAAAUUUAAAUAAGGAUUUGUGAAAAUAUAAAACAAAUUAAUUGGAGAAUACAUGAAAUAGCAAAUGAUGAAAAUUAUUCACUGAAAAGAUAUAGAAAAUAAAAACUGAGCCAGGGUCACUUUUGACCCAUGUUGCGUAUCAAAGGGUUAGAAGAUGAUUAUAUAUUGAUAAAACAUGUUUUGCAAUAUCAUUAUUGAGGAUUUUAAUUAUUCACAUUCUGUAUGAUUUGGAAAGUGUUAUACUGGUGAAAUAGUGAAAAAGACAAUGAAAAGCCUUGAUUAUUACUUAAACAAAUGAAUUGUAAUUUGUACCAAACUUCUUUGCAGGAAGAAAUAAUCAGAAAAAUUAAGUAUUGGAAAAGUUACUUUAAAACAAAGCAUCACAAAUAAUAUGUGGCGGAAUAACAACACUCAUGUAAAGUACAAGUUCCUCAAAACCGCAUACUGAAACCCAAAUCAGCUGCACCAGGUACUACAAGCGACCAUUAAGUUGAAUUAACGUCUCUUUAAAAUAGUUUGAAGUCCUGACUAGGACCCUCGCGGAUUGUUGAUGUGUUCUGGGUGUGGUUUCUAAAGUAGUACAGG